AUGCUAACAAGGCAAAAAGUGGUGCAUAGAAUAUUUUUUGAAACUCUUGUGAGGUUUCUUGAUCCAGGCAGCAAGCCAUACGAAAUACAAAAGGAAAAAAGCAAUGUUGUAGUGUUUGUGGGACUACAAGGUUGUGGAAAAACAACUUCGAUAUGCAAGUAUGCAAAUUUUUACAAAAAGAAAGGAUUUAGAGUCGGGAUUGUAUGUGCAGACACGUUUAGAGCAGGAGCUUUUGAUCAGAUAAAGCAGAAUGCAUCUAAGAUAGGAAUUCCAUAUUUUGGGUCCCCCGAUCCUGAUCCGGUAAAAGUGGCCAAAGAGGGUGUUUCUAAAUUUAGAAAGAAUGAUUUUGAACUAAUAUUGGUUGACACGAGUGGAAGACAUACGCAGGAAGAGGCCUUGUUUGCUGAAAUGAGGGACCUUGUCGAUGCCAUUUGCCCUGAUAAUAUUGUUUUUGUGAUGGAUGCGGGGAUAGGACAGUCGGCCGAGGAACAAGCAGCAGGGUUUAAGAAUGCAGUUAAGGUUGGUGGAAUAAUACUAACUAAAAUAGACGGAGCAUCAAAAGCCGGAGGGGCACUGAGCUCAGUAGCAACUACGCAGUGCCCCAUUGAGUUUGUUGGAACUGGUGAAGGAAUGGACGAUAUUGAAAAAUUUAAUGCCAGAAGAUUUGUAGGGAAAAUGCUAGGUAUGGGUGAUAUUGACGGGCUUAUUGAAAGGCUGUCAUCAAUUGAGAUUGAUAAGGAGGAUGUUAUAGAAAAACUGACAACGGGGAAGUUCCGAUUGAUUGAUUUCAAAAACAUUUACACCCAAAUUGUGUCGCUGGGGCCCAUCUCUAAAAUGCUUGAGAUGAUACCUGGACUAGGUAAUAUGGCCAUACCCGACGAGAGCAAGUUUAAACGGAUAAUGCACAUGUUUGAUUCAAUGACCAGGAAAGAACUUGAGUCAAAUGGAGAUGUGUUCUUAAAGGAACCAAGCAGGAUAGAUCGAGUGGCGCGUGGAUCUGGCACGCAUAGGGACCUAGUUUCAGAAAUGUUAGGCAACUUCCGGCAGAUGAGCUCGAUGAUGAAAAAGCUUAUGGCGAAUCCAAUGUUUGCACAGAUGCUUCAAGGCACUUUGGAUGAGAAAGACAAGAAGAAGAUAGUAGAAAAGACGCGAGGCAAGGCCCCUUUGUCAAUAUUUGAUUAUAUGAACUCUCUGAACUAA